AAGAAACGUGCAUUUAUUUCAAUUUAAUGCUACCGGCGUUAUAAACGAAGUUCACUUAAACGACACCGUUUCACAUUUGAAAAUUCAUAGAAAUAACGUUGUUGUAGGAACAGAAACAGAAACAGAAAAUCAUCAACACUGCAACCCCCAUCUGAAAACCCAUCACCAACCUUUCCCUCAUCACACUUGGAAGAAGAUGGGAUCAAAAUCAGUGACUUUAACCUUUGAGGAUGUGGCUAAGCAUAAUCACAAAAAGGAUUGUUGGAUCAUAGUCAACAAAAAGGUAUACGAUGUUACCACAUUUUUGGAUGAUCAUCCAGGAGGUGAUGAGGCUUUACUGUCUGCUACAGGGAAGGAUGCCACCUUGGAUUUCGAAGAUGUCGGUCACAGUGACUCAGCGACAGAGAUGAUGGAACAGUACUUUGUUGGUGAGGUUGACUUCGCCACACUCCCAGCAGAAGCUAGGAACAAUCAACCUCCACCAAUUCAAACAACCACCUUAAACAACGAAUCUUCUGGAUUUCUUUUUAAGUUCUUGCAGUACUUGGUGCCAUUGCUGAUACUGGGCUCUGCAUUUGCUCUGCAGUACUAUGGCAAAAAAAGCAAGUCCAAUGAAUCAUAAAAUCUGAAUUUGAGAGCUUCGGUUAUAGUUUUAGACUUUUACUAGACCUAUAACAUUAUUAUUCUUCCUAUCAACGCAGUAUCAUCAUAAGGCACUGUUUUUGUUUUUUUCGACUAUCAUUUAAAUAAUGUGUCUCAAUAACAUGCAAAGAGUGUGUUCUUUAUUUGAUAUGUCUCUUGCUUCA